GGAUGUGUUCGAUCCUUGAACUCUAAGCGCCACAUAAUCAGAACUUGGGAGUGCUUUCCCGAGCUUAUCUCCGUGAUAAAUCCCCUCUCCGGUAUAAAUAGCAGCAUUGGGGACGCACACGCCACACUCGAGGAGGAGCAGCAGCAGCAGGAAGCAGUGAAACUGGUUGAGAGACGCAGCCGAAGAUGAGAUCCGCUGUGAUCCUCGCCCUGUUGUUCCUCACAGGGACUCAGGCCCGCUACUUCUGGCAGCAUGACGACCCGCAGACCCCCUUGGAUCGCCUCAAGGACAUGGUCCAGGUCUACCUGGAGACCGUCAAGGCCAGUGGCAAGGAAGCCAUUGCCCAGUUUGAGACCUCUGCAGUUGGCAAACAGCUUGACCUGAAGCUGUCUGACAACCUGGACUCCCUGACGGUGGCGGCGCAGAAACUGCAGGAGGACUACAAGGAGACCUGGGGGCUGUGGGUGAAGGACACCGAGGCCCUGAAGCAGGAGCUGACCAAGGAGAUGGAAGAGGUGAAACAGAAGAUCCAGCCCUUCCUGGAGCAGUUCUACAAGAAGUGGACAGAGGAGCUGGAGAUCUAUCGCCAGAAACUGGCCCCCAUCGGCGAGGAGCUGAAGGAGAUGACCAAGCAGAAGGUGGAGGCCCUGCAACAGAAGCUGACCCCCGUGGCUGAGGAGGCCCGGGACCGGCUGCGCGGGCACGUUGAUGAGCUGCGCAAGAACCUGACCCCCUACAGCGACGAGCUGCGCCAGAAGUUGACCCAGAAGCUGCAGGAGAUUCGGCAGAAGGGCAUCCCCCAGGCUGCCGAGUACCAGGCCAAGGUGAUCCAGCACCUCACCGCCUUCCGAGAGAAGGUCACGCCCCUCGUGCAGGAUUUCAAGGAGCGCCUGACCCCCUAUGCUGAGGGCCUCAAGACCCGCUUCCUGACCCUGCUGGACAACCUCCAAAAGAACAUGGCCCAGGCCAACUAGUGGCACUGGGCCAGGGACUGACACCCCCUCCCCUAGCCACAAUGAGCCCCCAAUUGAUCAGCCACUGCCCUGCGUUCCACUGCUGCUAAUGCGCGUCUGGGUGAAGACACCAGGUGUGCUCAACUCCCUCCUCCCGGCGCGCUCAGCGCUGGGCCAAGCGUCUCGGCCCUUUGUGGCUGUCACUUACUGAUCGAUCGCUGUAGAACGAGGGUCCCUCUGCUGGGGGGCGGGGGCUGGGGUGGAAACCAGCACACGGCGAAGGCCAGUCUGCUGGGAACAUCCUGCCCAGAGCUCUCCUGCCUGUUCCAGGCUCGGGGCUCCCAUCUCCUCCUCCCUGCC